CCCCUUAACUUUGUAGUUCAAUCUCCAUAUUUGAAUCUUUAAGUUCCAGCAACUCAACUAAAGAAGAAAAUGGCAUCCAUCUCCACUCCCAUUUCUACCUCCUCACCAUCCUUCCCUAUGCUACAAAAGCCUACGAUCACCACCAUCAGUUCUCCAUUUCUCCGAUUGCCAUCGAUAAGCAAGGCGAGGAAAGUUAGAUGUUCCAUCGAAGAUAAGCCUCUUGUCAAACCCAUAGACGAUGCACCACCAACUCCUGAAGAUGACUUGACUCCACAAGCACCCUGUCCAGAUGAUGUGACUCCACCAUCACCCUGUCCAGGAAAGAACUCAUGGCCGGAGCUUGUAGGGAAAACUGGGGUAGUGGCAGCAGCUAUAAUUGAGAAAGAGAAUCCACUGGUUAAUGCUAUCGUGCUAUUGGAUGGAACUCCCGUCACUAUGGAUUUUCGGUGCGACCGUGUACGGGUGUGGGUGAACACUGAAGGGGUGGUGAUUCGAACACCUGUCAUUACAUGAUUGAGCUAAAGGCUAGUUAAUUAGCCGUGAUCGUCGUAUAAAUUUUAUAACAAAUUAAUAAUGGGUACUUGUAAUAUAUUUUCUGAAUAAUGUUGUUUAAAGUUUAUCCGGUAAGAAGUGGACAAUGUACCAAUGCUCUAAUAAAUAAGAUGUGUAGCAUAUGGGUAUAUGCUGUUUAAAGUUUAUCCGGUA